AUGCUAGUUACAGGAAGCAACUUACAGCUCAUUGAAGCAACCAAGAACUCCUUGCACCAGGCCUUCAAAAUUAAGGAUUUAGGAGAACUGAAAUUUUUCCUUGGAAUGGAAUUUAGUAGAUCAAGGAAAGGCAUAUUAAUUAAUCAUAGGAAAUAUGCUCUGGAAAUAAUAUCUGACUUGGGGCUUACAGGGGCUAAGCCAACUUGGACUCCCGUAGAGCCAAAUGCAAAGCUAACAAUACCAGAACUUGACAAGUUAACAGGGGUUGAAGAUGAUAUGUUGAUGAAUGACAAAGGGCAAUACCAAAGGCUUAUUGAUUGGGCAUCCUGCCCCAGCACAAGGAAAUCAGUAUCAGGCUUUAUAGUAAAGUAUGGAGAGUCACUACUUUCUUGGAAAUCGAAGAAACAUAACACAGUCUCUAAAAGUUCAGCUGAAGCAGAAUACAGAAGCAUGGCUAGUGCAGUCUCAGGG